AUGAUCGCCCAACAGACUCUGCGCACGGCACGACCGCUGCUGCGCUCGGCCGUCCGCCCUGCUGCAGCCAGCACCGCCCUUGGUCGUGCCGCUGCUCGACGAUCCUACGCGAGCGGAUCGGCGUCCGAGGUCCGCACCGGCGGCGACACCCCCUGGGCCAUCGCCUCGGUCCUUGGCUUCGGUGGUCUCUUCCUCUACCUCACCGCUCCCGGUUCCAAGACCGACUCUCGCAGCCACCCGCACGGCCAGGGCGACCACAUUGACGCCAACGACGCCGAAGGCGAGCAGCAGGAAGACGAGGCGGAUGCCGAGCCUCAGCAGCCCAAGGAGCUGCCCGAUGGCAGCAUCGAGCACCCCGAGGGCUUUGUCGAGAUCAAACGCCCCGAGAUGCGAGACGACGCCCCUGCUGGCGACAAGCACCUGGGAUCUCGAAGCAUUCCCGACGAGCACGCCUUUGAGAAGGAGUCCAAGGUCAAGCGCGAGGCUCCGCUGCCCCACGAUGACACCACCUUCAAGCACGGUGUUGCUGCGGCCAAGGACGGCAACCCCGUCUCAGAUCCCAAGAAGGUGGUGGCCGCCGCCAAGACCGCCAAGCAGGAGAAGUUCGCCGCCAAGGCCGAGUCGUCCUAG